CAUGGCUUAGAGUCUCAUGACUGUUUUGGCUUGUGACGGCUGUUGUAAUCACCGUUUCCCGUGACUCGUCAUUCCACAACCGUUGAACUGUUCGUCAACAAUGGUGCCGAUUUUGUUGUUCGCUCUUGUCUCGUAUGUCAAUUCUCUCGUUCCUGAAGACGAAAUAAGAAACCUUCCUGGAUGGAACGCCUCUCUCCCAACACGUCAAUACAGCGGCUACAUACACGUCGACAGUGGCAAGACGAGAUUUCUUCAUUACUGGCUUGUUGAGAGCGAAGGUAGUCCGUCUAGUGAUCCUCUUGUUAUGUGGAUGAAUGGAGGGCCAGGAUGUAGCUCACUAGAAGGAUAUCUCUACGAGAUGGGUCCUCUACACUUCAUGGAUGACACUCCGAACCAAACACAUCCACAGUUUGUUCGAAACCCCAACACUUGGGUGCAGAUUGCAAACAUGCUGUUUGUUGAAGCUCCUAUUGGUGUUGGUUACUCUUACUCGACGAGAGGAAGUGAAGACUUGAAGACUAAUGACACACGGACGGCACAGGAGAAUCUGCAGUUUCUUCUCAACUUUUUUGCUGCUUAUCCGGAAUUUAAAGAGAAUGAUUUUUAUGUGAUGGGUGAGUCGUAUGCGGGUAUUUACAUUCCUACUCUUGUUGAUCAAGUUCGAAUCCACAAUGAAAAUUUGUCUAAUAAAAUCAAUCUGAAAGGAUUUAUGGUCGGCAAUGGUUGCAUUGGUAAUGCAGUAGGGGCGUGUUCCAUGCAUGAUGGUCUUGCAAUCAGACUGAAGUUUUCCUAUGAACACGGACUAAUCAGUCAAGUUGCUUAUGAUGAAGUGAUCAAGAAAUGUGGUGAUGGUCUGAAGAAUGCAUCUCUUGCCUGUGAAGUUGCAAUGUCUGAAGCAUAUUCAAAGACUGGGAAUGUUGAUAUCUAUGACAUCUACAUUCCAUGCAUCAGUAAUAAUCCUCAAAUCGAUGAUGAGCAGUUGGUGUGGCGAAUUGGGAUGCCUGAGGAUGAUCGUGUAAGAGGUUUGGCUACUUGUAUUGAUGCUGGUGUGUCUACAUCCUACCUUAACACACCUGAAGUUCGACAAGCAUUGCAUGUUCAACCUGAGAGCGUGAUAGGUCGAUGGAGAAUGUGCAGCCACAUCCCGUAUGAUAGUAAUAUCAAGUCAUUACUUGAUAUCUAUCCGACUCUUAUCAAACAGUAUCGCACUGUCAUUUAUAAUGGAGACGUGGAUGGCUGUGUGCCUUACAUUGGUAACGAAGAAUGGACAUCUGGCUUGGGAUUUCCUGUUAAGGAAGCUUGGAGGCCGUGGAUGGUAAACGAUCAAGUCGCUGGGUAUGUUACAACUUACGAUGUCAACAACUUCACAUUCAUUACAGUGAAAGGAUCGGGUCACAUGGUGCCACAAUUUCAGCCUGUCAGUGCUUACGCCAUGUUCGAACGUUACAUCAAGAAGGAGAAAUUUUAGUUUGUACUUGAAUGCUUUUAUGUGUUAUUGGUAAAGAAUUAUGUUUCUUUUUACCAUGUCAAUGUGUUGUUAUUGGUGUAAAAUGUCUUUUUAUGUGAUUAACGGUAUUUUUCAUAUCACAAAUAUUGACAUGGAUUAUACUAUAAUAAUGUAUGCAUCUUGCUCAGCAAGAGGUAACAACAUCAAUGUCAGAAUAAAACACAAUAUUGAAAGUA